AUGCCAUACAAAUGCGCUGUUUAUGGCGAAAGUGCUGUAGCUGAAAGAAUUGUGCGGAAAUGGUUUAAAGCUGAUGAUUUCAAUCUUAAAGAUCAUCAACGCCCGGGUAGGCCCUCCACCACAGAUGAAGAUCAGAUUAAAACACUGAUCGAGAAUAACCCACGUUAUACGACACCUUGGUUACAUAAAUUUGAUGUAUGGGUUCCCCACGAUUUAACGGAGAAAAAUCUGAUGGAUCGCAUUUCCAUUUGCGACUCGCUCUAUAAACGCAACGAGAAGACAUUUUUGAAGCAAGUAGUGACGGGGGAUGAAAAAUGGAUCAUUUAUAAUAAUGUUGAGCGAAAAAAAUCUUGGGAAAAGCGGAAUGAACCACCUUUAGCUACCCCGAAAACCGGUCUUCAUCCAAAGAAGGUCAUGCUCUGUGUCUGGGAUUGGAAAGGGAUCCUAGGCCCAAGCUUAAAGAACCCUUUGCAAAACCCCCUGCAGAGUCUAACGCUCCCACUCGGUCCGCUCCUUCUUGCGCAAGACGGCCUCGCAGAAAUCUGCGAGGGCUGUCCACGCAGCGAAGCACAUAAUCGCUCUGACAAUGGAGCUGUAUGUCCUGUCAAGGACAUCGAGCCCCAACCGCUGAAAAAGUGA